CACUUUAUAACAGAACGUCAGCCCUGGCAUCAAUCUAGUCUGAGAGCCACUUUUAGCACUGAGGGACUACCGCUGUUGGACUCGUUUUGGAAAACUUGAUUUUGCUUCUUGCAAGCCUGAACCUUAUUUUGUGGAAAUACAAGCUCCCCGCUCUAAAUCGUCUGAAAAGAUGCUGCUCCUACUACUGGGAAUCAUCCUCCUGCACAUCGCUGGUCUGGUUCUCUUGUUUGUGUCGACAAUAGUCAGCGUAUGGACAUCAGGUGAAACUAGCACCUCAGACCUCUGGAUAAACUGCUCUACUGCCAAUGGAGGAUACCACUGUGAACCAGCAUCAUCUGGAGUGUGGAUUCAAGCGGUCCAGGCUCUCAUGAUUCUAUCCAUCAUCUUCAGCUGCCUGUCUCUCUUCCUCUUCUUCUGCCAGCUCUUCACUUUGCAGAAGGGUGGACGCUUCUUCCUCACUGGAACCUUCCAGAUCCUUGCCAGUUUGUUUGUGAUGAGCGGAGCCAUCAUCUACACAGUGAUGAGUCCGGAUUGGGUGCCGGAGACAGUCUUCUUCGGCUACUCCUACAUCCUGGCGUGGGUGGCCUUCCCUUUGGCGCUGAUCAGCGGACUCAUCUAUGUCAUCUUGAGGAAGCGAGAAUGAGCCAUCACUCCAUCCCAGUGUUCCCAGUAACCCCCUGUCCAAAUGCAAGUGUCAUCAGUGCUCCUCUGAAGUUUAAGUUCUGAUGCCUGAGUACCAAUGGCCACUGGAGCCACCGGCCAAUACAUCCAGAUCACAGCAAGGGGGGGUAAUACCAAACAUCAACAUGUAAACCAACACAAAAACAACCAAUACUGUCUCAGUUAAAAGAUGUAUAUAGUAUCUAUGGUUUAAAACCUAUUUAUAACACUUUUUACAUAUAUGUACAUAGUUUUGUGUUGCUCUGUCAACAGAUGAGCUUGUUUCAGCUGAUUAAGUGCCUUGUUUGUUUGUUUGUAAUGAAGAAAUAAUUAGAUGCUAUUUUGUUGUGUAUGUACGUAUUUUUGUUGCCUUUUUCUGUUUUGCUAAUUGCCAAAGAAUUAGUAAAAAAGUUUCUUGAAGUAUAUUAACCAAACUGCAUGUAUAGAAAUAGAAAGGUUAGAUGAAGAAGAUUUUUUGGAUGGGCUUGCUUCACAAAAAGAGUGGUAACAUCCAUGGACGUAGCAUAGCCAUGAAAUAUAGAUUUGGUCUUUUUCUAAUUGUGAAUUUGCAAGUUUCAGUGUUUUUAAUUUCAGAAUUUUUCUAUUUCUUAUUUUCAACAAAAGAUGGUGCUAUGUAUUUAUCAUUCCUAUUACUGAAAGCAACAGAGUUACUUUGUUAAUGUUUAGAGUCAAACAUCUUGCCAUGAAUUUAAGUGAGAAUCAGACAGAGGUACACUUGUACAUACAGUGCCUGACUGCUUCUAUAGGGAACACAGCCUAUUUCACAUUGCAGUGUCAGAUUUUUUUCAUCAGCUACUGUAAAACAAAAUAAUAAUAAUUGAGUUUGGGGUGGUGUAUCAAGUCACUUGGAAUGUCAGUAUUAUUCUGUGAGCUUGUGAGGAGUUGGAUCACAGUGAAAUUACUUUAUAUAAGCUUUAUAUUCGGUCUGUUUGCUUUACUUUUCCCUCAUUCUGAUGUUUGUGUUCACCUGGUGUGUAUGGCCGAUAAAGUCUCAAGAAGCCAAAUUGCCUAUUUAGUAGAAUACCAUAAAACAAAUUAAAACAAUGGGGCAUAAUAGCCUAAGAAAAUAAAUAUACAUCUAAUGUUAUUAGAAACAAUUGUCACAGAGUUGAAGCCAUAUAAGAAAAUACCAGAUUGUAGGAAAAACAUAUUUAAUAUUAACUCUAUAUGUGAGGAAAAGGACAGAGAGGUUUGCAGUGAUGAUUCAAACGUCUGUUUCACAUACUUGAAGUUUUACAUGCUGCAGUCUCUGCCCACUGGCGCCUAGAUGGUUUUUUCUUCUACUAUAUAAAACACUGUUUAUAUGUUGUGCAUAACAGAUGUUUAUGUUGAUGUUGCUCUAGCCUAAAACAUUCACUUACUCAAUAAAACUACUCUCACAUUAUCUAAUACUGUGUAUUCCACUGAUACAAGGGACUGGAUUCAUGCUAACACUUAAUGCAUGUUGAGCUAGAAACUACAUAAAGCAGAAUUUCAAGUAAUUUCCUAGGCUGGUUAUGCUGUCUGCCUGUAAACUCUGAAACACACUGCUGUGCUACAAAAGCCUAAUGUGGAAAAACUGCCAGUAAAUGGGAAUAUACAUUAAAAUUAUGAAAAAAGCUAAUUCUGAAACAUUUGUGGUGAUGAAUCUGUUAUGACUGACAGUACCUGCCUGUUCAUAUGCUAUGAGGUGCGUGACAUCAACUGAAACGCAGAGUGCAGCAUGUAAAUUCCUGUGUACAGUCUAGUCAAACAACUCUACCUUACAGUGAUCAUUCUCCGGUGGAUUAAAUAAGCUGCCUUGUGCAUGUGGUUGCAAAUACUGUGACUUGUGUUGCACACACUGGGGCAAAGGCACGGCAGGUUGCACCCAAUGCCAGUUAUUCAAAACAUGCAGCUAGUGUUUCAGUGUCAACAUUGUCUCUCAUAGCAUCAGAAAUUAGAGGACUUGGACGUGUCUUGUACACUGUAAGCAAGGGUCUGUCCUCCAACUGACAUCUCCUGUGAGAUACUGUAGCCUUCCAAAAUAGAGCUAUGUUGUGGUGGAUUAAAGUAUUUAAUUCUGAGCUUACACUACGUAGUCUGCUGUAGUUUUUCACAUGAUGUUCAUUAUUGGGUUCAGUUAGAAGAGAUUGCCUCUAAUGACAACUGCCCUUUCAUUUUGUGUAAAACGACAAUAAGUUCAAUUGUCCAUGCCAUGUUUACACCUAAACUUCCAAAUGCUCAAGAUACUACCAAAGCUAUUUGAGUUUAAUCAUUAAAGGAUGUUUCUUACCACCACGA